AUGAACUCUAAAGUUGUGAUUGUUGUGUGGGCUGGAGUGAUCCAAGGCUUUGAAGAUGAUUUUGUAGGAGUUGAAGGACUUGCAAAAGGAUCCGCCCACUUGCUGGUUUGCAAGAGUAAGGAUUUUGUCCUCUCCAGCGAGCCAGCAGAAAAGGGUAAUUUUACUAAGCCCAUAAGUUUGGUGACUGAUGUUUGUGUCUGUACUAUAUUCCACUGGCAAGCAACUGCUAAUAACCCCUUGGCAGGUGGUGUAUUUCUUGUUACUGUUCACUUCCCAUCUGAUUACCCAUUCAAACCUUCCAAGUUAUCCAUAAUCUCCUUAUUACAUGGUACCUGGAGCCAUUGCUCUGACAAAGUUCAUAUUUUUUCUAAGCAAGAUUUUCAUCCAAAGAUCAACAGUAAUGGAAGCAUCUGCUUGGACAUUCUAGAGGAACAACAGACUCCUACCCUGACUCUAUUGAAGGUUUUGCUAUCAAUUUGCUCACUCGUAAUGGAUAUGAAACCAGAUGAUCCCCUGGUUCCUGGGAUCGCUCGUUCUGCUAUCAAUUUGCUCACUCGUGAUGGAUAUGAAACCAGAUGA